CGUCGCCCGCUGCCCGCUCCCUCGGUCCCAGGUUAAGCGGGCAGGAAGGCGGCUCACCCCGGCCCGGGGAAGCCUCGGGGAGGGCGGCCGGCCCAGGCAGUUGACAGACCCGAGGCCAACGGCAGCGCCCGACCCCCCCUCUGCGGCCCUCGGCGGGGCCUGCAGCGGGGCGCUGAGGGCCUGCGGGCCGGGCCGGGCCGGGCGGACUCGCCCCCGGGGCCCGGCGCUGCCUGGCAGCCGCUCGCCCCGCGCCCCCUCCCCGUGGGCCGGGUUAUGCGAGCGGCUCGUCCCCCAGCAGCGGCCGCAGCAGCAUCUGCGGGGCUCCCGCCCCUGUCUCCGCCCCGCUCCCAGCGCCCGAGAGGCAGGCGGUCGGCGGCGGCAGCGCGAUAAAGCAAGUUUUGUCUGCUGCGAGGGGGGCGGCGAGGUCCCACCGCCCUCCGCGGCCGCGGCCCGGCACCAUGGCCGCGGCGCUCCCGGGGCAGGCGGCAGCCCCCGCCGCGGCGACGGCCCCCCGCUAACCUCUCCUCGGCAGCGGGAGCGGCCGCGGCCGCCUCCGCCGGCCAUCCGGGCCGCGACUGCCCGCCGGAGAGCGCGCAGCUCCGCGCCGCUGCCGACCGCCGAGGAGCGGCGGCCCCCCCUGGCCCGGCCCGGCACCAUGUGGGGCGGGCUGCACCCCCAGCUCGGCUUGCGCGGCUUUAAGGCGGGCUCAGAUUAUUCCUCAGUGGGAUGGUUACCUGGUACUGAAUCCCUGUGGCAGUCCACAACUAUUUCAUCAAGCAGUCAAAGCAAUCCUGUCAGAAGACACAGUAUAGCUUCCGACAGCGGGGACACUGGGAUUGGUACCUCCUGUUCUGAUAGUGUGGAAGAUCAUUCAACUUCAAGUGGUACAUCCUCGUUUAAGCCCAGCCGAUCACUGGUUUCUAUUCCCACUGCCCAUGUGAUGCCGUCUAAUGCCAGCUCUUCGCUUUCCAAACACAGGGAAGCUUUCAAGUCUGAUGGCUCAAAAUGGAGUACAAGCUUUGUACGGUCAGGAGGAGGCCGAAAUCAGGGUGCCCUGGACAAUUCUCUUGACAUGAAAGAUGCAAGACCUGUAAGAAAAUGGUCCUCCUUGUCUAAACUCAGCUCACCAAAUACCUUCAGCCAAGAUGGUAGUAGUCACUCGGUGGACUCCAGAGCUAGUACAGACAAAGCUGUGUCACCACAACUAAGGACAAAUGGGCCGGGUUGUUUGCACGAUAGCAUGGAGUUGCUAAAAAUCGAGGACAAAGAAAUUGGGAAAAAGCGAUCUUCUCUACUGGACUGCAAAUACAAAUUUGAAACGUGCAGCAAAGACGAUUUUGUUUCAGAUUCCUCAAGUAGGAGACAUGCCUUAGACUUGACCUACAGUGCCUUACCCGAAAGCAAACCUACGGCAGCCGGUUGUGAAGCCUUCGGACAGAGAUAUGCAACUCUCGGACAACAGGCUGUGAGUGGAGCUCCCAUACAGCCAGCAGUGAGGACUCAAAUGUGGCUUAAAGAGCAGUUACGUGCAAAUCCCCUGGACUGCAGGACUGCUGAGGAGCCCUACGGUGUAGCUGCGUGGCAUGUGCAGCAGCUUGAAGAUUUUAGAACAGGUGACCAGCCUGUGCAGGUUCCGACUGGAACAUCUCGUCAAAGUUACCCAGCUACCAGCUAUCAGGACUUCAGCAACUGGGAAUCUCUAAUGAAAAUUAAAGAGGGGCUGCUGAGACAGAAGGAGAUUGUGAUUGAUCGGCAAAAGCAGCAAAUUAACAAUUUACAUCAGAAGAUAAGGGAGAAUGAAUUACGAGCUCAACAUGCAAGACUAAGCCAUCUUGUGAACUGUGAAGAACCUUACAUGACUAAUUUGCAGCAACCACAGUAUGAGAGCACACCACUGCAACCUCACGUUUCAGAAAGAUCAACAUCCCACCUUGAGGAGCUUGAGCGAAAGAUUGCAGCAGCUGAGAAUAAGGAAUUACAACUCAGUGAAUUUGUAAAGCAAAUUUCAAACAAAUCUAGUGAGGAGAAAAAGAAGAUGGAGGAGAAACUUAAAACUAGAGACCGAUAUAUUAAUAGCCUGAAAAAGAAAUGCCAGAAAGAGUCUGAGCAAAACAAAGAAAAACAAAGACGAAUUGAAACCUUAGAAAAAUAUCUGGCUGACCUACCAACGCUGGAUGAUAUAGAAGGCCAGACUAAACAGCUGCAAAUUCUAGAAGAGAAGAACAAGCAACUUCAGGAAACUAUGACUGAGUUAGAAAAGAAGCUCGGAGAGGCCCGAUCGCAGUGCAGAGAGAGAGAAUUGCAACUGGUGUGUCAGAAGAAAAAAGAAAAAGAACUGGUCACAACAGUACAGAGUUUACAACAGAAAGUAGAAAAAUGCCUGGAAGAUGGUAUUCGCCUUCCCAUGUUGGACACAAAACAGCUUCAGAGUGAGAAUGAAUGUCUCAAAGAAAAGAAUGAGAAAGCCAGUAAGGUCAUAGACAAUCAACAAAAUCAGAUAGCUGGACUGAUUUUAGACAUGCAGUCUAUGCAAGAGAAGCUUUUGCAAGAAAAGCUGAUAGUUCAGAAGAUGACAAAUGAGCUUGAAGAAAAAGAAAGGAAUAUAGAGCAGUUAAAUAAAACUCUCUCUGAAAACCAAAGACUGAUGGAAGAGAAUGCCUGCCUGAAGGAGCAAAUGCGGCAGGUGGAGCAGUCCAGGCAGCCAGUAUCUGAGAAGAUGCCUAUAGCAGACCAGUUGUUCAAGGAAAUGUCCCAUUGCUUGUUUGACUUGAAAGCACUGUGCAGUAUUCUCACCCAGAGAGCUCAGGGCAAGGAGCCUAACCUUUCCUUACUGCUGGGAAUCAGAUCACUGAGCUGUUCAGCUGAAGAGAAUGAGAAUUACCACAGCACAGAAACGCUUUCGAAGAAGCUCUUGGACGUUUGUCAGUUACGAAAGGAUAUUGAUGAAUUAAGGACUAUAAUGUCGGACCGUUAUGCUCAGGACAUGGGGGACAAUUGCAUUACUCAAUGACAACAUUUCAUCUAGUAGCAAAUGACUUAUUAAAUGCUGCUGUGUCACAGGUCUUUGCAUUUCUAUUAAGGAGCCAUAUUGGAAGACUGCAAAUAGCGCCGCAUGUGCAUCUCUCUGAAGAUUGUGCAUAUUUUAACUUGGGAGUCUGGUGGGGAGAGCAGAGUCAUCGUUUGAACAGAGUGGUACAAAGUACAAGAAGUCUUUUCUCCAAACUACUGAAUGUAGGAGCAAACUGUGAAGAAUGAUUCAGUUGGAUACUCUGUUUCCUUCGUUAGGUCUCAUUUUAUUACUUCACCUAGUUUCUGGAAUCAGAGCAUCAAAACAGCCGUGCUGCUACUCUCUCAGUCCUUUCCUUCUUCAAGGGUUUGUAUGGCAUUAUCUGUGUUCUGAAAUUAGAGCAGAGGGUCGAAGGAUCUAUAGCUGUGUGUGGUGAAAUUGGAGGCUUCUGCAACUGCACUUCGCUCUAAGAAUUGCAAUUGGAACAAUUUUGGAGCACUACAAAAAGUAGUUGCUCUUCAAGUUGCCUAAAAAAUUUGAUACAGGAAAGAUGUUGGUUUUAGUAAUAGGUGUCUAGCUUGUUUGCCCAAUAGCAGAAGAAAACCAAGUUUUAACUCCUUAAUGCAAAUGAAUUCCAUAAAAUAUAGCACUAUCAAAUUGUUUUAAGCACUCUCACAUUGCUGUAAGAAGUUUCAGUAAUAUGAAGUCUGUGACAAACCCAGAGAAGCUGGAAGGCAUGAAACUGCAGCAAAGUAUAUGGCUGUCAGGGGAGGAAAAAAAAAAAAACCACAAACUAUUUUAGUGUUAGGUCAUCUCCAUUUUAAAAUGUGGCUGGUCUGUGUUCCAUUCCUGAAGGCCUCUGAUGAGGUUGUGAACCACCUCAAUCGAUUUUUACCACAGCUACAAAACGGGUGUUUGGCACUUGGCAAAAUCAGGGCUCAGAACAGAAUGUUUCCACGUAGCAGUAUUAAGUACUCGGUUAUCUGAGGACUGCAAAAUUUUCCACGUUGUUUGGGAAUUCUUAAUUUCUCCAUUUAUGUAGGAAGCAAUUACAGUAAAAAAAUAAGAUCAUGUUCCAUAGUUUAUUCAGUGAGUGUCACUUGGCAGUGGUGUUUCACUCCUGUGGGACAGAUGACAUUAAUGCUUCUAAUUUCCUGGAACAUUACUGCAAGUUAGCUACACAGUUAUGCAUGGUGUAAAUAGUAUUUAACUGAAGGAAACAAAAAACUUGCAAAGAGCAAACACACUCUUAAAUCACGCUGUUAAGAAAAUACAUGAGCAUCAGUUACAUAUAUGGUAUUAAAAGGAAGUUUCAAAUGAGUAAGGUGCAAGCCAGUCAACUGACUCGUAGUGUGGAUAACAGCAGAAAUCUCUUAGAAAGCUUAGUGGUUAGAACCAAGUAAAUUCUAGGGUUACAUUUCUAUGGCAAAAGUGUUAGUAUCUUCAGUUUUCUGAUUAUAUUUAUGUUAAUAGAAAAAAAGGUAUAGCAAUGUAGACUGGUAACCGGUUUUAACUUGGUGAUGUUUUGCUUUCUGUUCAUUGCUAAACAGUUACCGUUGUUUUUAUAAUUUAGUGAUUUAAUUUUUUUAGCUAUAUGGACUUAUUUAUUUGACAGUUUUCUCUAUCCUGAACCUACACAUGGACUAAUUUGUGAAAAAUAUUGUUGCUAUUUGUAUUAUUGCUACAUGGUGUUUUCAGAUAGAUUAAUCUGACUGGUUCAGCUCCUGUGAGCACUAAAACAGUGGCUAGAUGAAAUGUCAAGUGAAAUUGCCCAGUGUCUCUACUUCAAGGUAAAAAAACAAGGCCAUUUCAUUUUAAAUUUCUGUGUUCUUUCUGUAGGUUUGAAGGUGUACUGUUAUACUAGUGCAAAACUGAAAACACGGAUCUCCGCACAAAUGGGCUUACACAGUCUCCUGUGGCUCUAACAGCAUUGGCUUUAGUGACUAGGGCCUCAGCUCGUUCCUUUGGUGUAGUUCAUCAGUUUUGUCCUUGCAGUGAAGUAAUAGUCUCCAGUUUAUGGCAUCUGUCUCAUAACAGAAUUCAACAAUAACAUUUCAGAUAAUAAAGUAGGUGUUUCCUCUCUCCCUAAUACUUUUAAGUUGCACAUUAUUAUUUCCUUAGAUGGAAAUGUUGUACCUAUAAAAAAUUACCAAGCAGCACAUUUUUCUAAAUUUGUUGGAAAUAACAAGGAGUUUAAUAGAGUGAUUAGAGAGGAGCAGGAGAUUUUUUGAGUCACUUUGAACUAUUAAGCUGGUCACUUGGCUGGUGUGCCUCCAUUGCCCCUUCUGUUAAAUGGUGAUACUGUACUGCAGAGUUGAGAUCAGUAAUUUAUAUUUGCAAAGCACUUCAGGAGCUUUUAUGCUCUUCAAGUAUUAGCUGAAAGUCCCUCAGGAAGGAGGUCCCAUUUUAUUUCUAAUACUUUGAUUGCAGUGCUGUAAUCUUGCAUUGUAAUAUUUUUAUUACGGAACCUGUAAUAUUUAUGUUGACUUUAAAGCACUUGAUUUUAAAAAAACCCUGAGUUUAUCUGCCUCAGUCAAAUUAAAGUAGGGAGGUAAAUGAUGGAUGUAUGAGCCAAAGAUGCAGACUACCAAUUGACUAUCUAUAGUGAUACAGUAUUUUGCUUUGAUUUGUUAAAAUUUGGCCUGUUGUAGUAGUAGCAGUUACUAUAUAUGCAUCAGUUUACCGAUGCCUCUAAAUGGAAUAAGCUUUGUCUAAGAUAUGCAUGAUUGUUUAAUUGGUUAAAAUGUAGUGUGUGUGGUCUCAGCAUAUUUAAUACAGAGUUGAUUAAUGAAUGUUAGCAGUGGAAUUGCUCAGAUUUAGUCAUGACAACUUUUUGCUGUAGCUAUUAGACAAUCUCAAGGGCUGAAAAACAACCGCUAAUGAAUGGAUACUGUGCCGUUCUGGCUGUCAGCAAAUUUGUACAGUAAUUUUUUUGUACAGUUUCAGAUUGCAUCUAUACAAUCCUUUAGAAGAUAUUUACAGUAACUACUGUAUUCAAGAAUGUAUUUUGAAAAAGACUUGGAAAGUAACUGUCUUCGGGCAAGCUAUAGAUGAUGCUAUGUAUUUACUAUAUAGAAGUAACACAGCUCAGUUGUGUAAACGUGAUUUAGGUUGCUAGCCUCAGCUGUGCAGCUUUGUAGUGUGAUAGUUGUGUGGAAUUGUGGAGAUUGCUGUAACCACCCACUCGGGCUCCGGCGUUCAAAACUGCCGGUGGCCGUGAAGUCAUUACAAGAGCUGAAAGUUUGUCCUUUUCACUUCAAAAGGUUUCCUUCCUUCCUUUGCCCUUGCUUGCCCGCCUUUUGUUUCAAAUGGUUUUUUGGACGUUUUUCUUGCAGGGUAAGAGCACAAGGAAAGAAAGAAAGCAAACCCCUUCUUCCAUGACCUGCUGCCCUAGCACAGGCAGUGACGGCACGCUGCAGUCUCUCCGCAUGGGCAUAGCUUGCUCCAGUUUUCCUCAUCCUUAUCAAUGAUGUUAUGCAGGUGGAGUUGGAGGUAUAAUUGGGCUCUUCUCAUUGAUGUGAUGAGCUCUGUCAUGAGUGGGGAGAAGAUCUUCUGAACUAAUCUGCAUUCUUACACUGCAAACAAAUCGAUGGUUAUUAUCUAAAGGGAUGAUCUAUUCCGGUAGCUCAUUAGCAAUAUUAAUUCCACAGCUGCAUACCUUUGUGCCUUUUUUGCCUGAAGUAAGUGUAUAUCCCCCUUGAACUUUAGAUAAGUUGUUAGGAUGCUGAUGACUGCACCUUGUUUUCCUCUUACCUGCCGAUAUUUUGUUUAUAAGCUUUUGCAGUAAGAACUCUCGCAUAAUGUCUAGAAACAGAAGUACUCUAAACUAGGUACUAGGUGUACACUUUGAAUGUUAGGCUGGUUGUAGUAUGCAGCUUUUUUCAAUAUGAAGCAUGAGCAGGAAACUCAAAUCAUAAUGUGUUUAUUUUGUGUAUAUUAAUUACAGUAUAUCAUUAGUUCAGUGGGGAGGAGUGUCCGGAGCUAUCUUUUAAAAGCACAGCUGACAUAUGUACUGGAUCAGUCCCUGAAGACUGGUAGUUUUGUAAAUUGGGUUCAAUUUUUGAACUGCUCAGAAUACCUCAUAUGUAAAUAGAGUUGUCAUGACUUAAUCACAAUGUGUUCAUUGUAAAAAGUAAAGGAGCCACUGGCUGGCUCAGCUUUAGGCUUGUUGUUCUUGCCUCUUUUGUAAUUUUUUUUAAAGUAGGGUUUACAGCUAGAAUUUUGAAUGCCAAAGUUCUAUUUAUUAAAUAAUAAUAAAAGUUUUCAUUGUUAAUGACUGGUAUUUUUCCACUGGAAUUUGUUUGUUGAUGUUUGGGAUUUGUAUCCACAGAGCAAAAAUAAAUUUUGUUACAAAAGUGA